AUGAAGGUCAUCGCCCCUGACUGGAUAUUCCUCUUUGCAUCUCUUUUCUCGUCAGCCGUUGGCUUCAGUGAAAGUGCGAUCCCUCAUGUGCAAACGACAAGUGGAAUAGUCAUUGGGCAUCCUGCAAGAAACGAAAGUGGUGUUGUUGAAUUCCUAGGUAUUCGAUAUGCUCAGGCAACCAAUGGCUCGUUGAGAUUCCAGCCUCCGGUUCCAUCCAUUUCCUCUGAUACAUACAAAGCUUCACACUAUUCACCGUAGGUUUCGCUCUCUUUGGGAUUUAUGUUCGGUCAGGAAGAUCAAAUUAGCAAGCGGAUCCUUUAGAGCAUAUAUGAUGGAUUAUCCUCCACCGCGCUCGAUACUUUGAUGUCCUUGUGUCCCCACCUAACAUCCUUCCCAAGAGCUUGCCCCUUUAACCCCGCUCCACCCCGCUCCGCCUCUCCCCACCUUCCCCAACAAAUCUUCCACAUUCGGCCGCAUAUAUGCCACAGCUACUGGCGGAACAGGUCUUGGAUUCAGUGAAGACUGUCUGGCUCUCAAUAUAUGGACUUCAUCCAUAACACCAGAAGAGCUCAAACCGGUCUUGUUCUUCAUCCACGGCGGAAGAUUCGUAUCCGGCAGUACCAACAACACAUUGUAUGAAGGACAGUAUCUUGCUGCCACUGGCGAUGUCGUUGUUGUGACCAUUGACUACCGACUUCUCGUCUUUGGAUUCCCAGGCUCACCAUUAUUACCCAGCGCUAAUCUAGCAAUCCUAGAUCAACGACUGGCCCUCGAGUGGGUUAAAACAAAUACUGCAUCAUUCGGAGGAGACCCUUCCAGGAUCCUCAUGUACGGACAAUCAGUUGGUGGACUAUCUAUUCAUUAUCAUGCAUUUGCCUGGCCAGAUGAUCCAAUUGCUUCUUCAUUCAUGUCCAUAUCCGGAACUACCAAUGACGCACCCAAUAGUCCGGAAUUUUACAAGUCAAAUUGGGAUCAGCUUUCUAUCGUAGUCGGAUGCGAGAGUGGGGUUGAAGAAGACGUUGUGAUCUGUAUGCAGGAGAUACCAUACCAAACCAUCUUGGCUGCCAUCAAAAAGUUACCUCUUAAGCCGACAGAAUUUUUACCACGAACACAAUUCGUACCAACAAUUGACCAGAAGAUUGUGUUUUCAGACUAUGCUACUAGAAUCAACGCUGGAAGAUUUGCUAAACUACCAUACCUAGUGGGUAACGCGAACCACGAAUCAGGCUUCUACGCCGUCUCCGUCUUUGCUCAAAAUAUCACUUUCAGCCGCUCUCACUGGGACCUCUUCAACCUCAAAACAUUUACCUGCUCCGCUGCCCAGUCCGCCUUCUUACGGUCGAAGCACAAUGUCACCGUUUAUUUAUAUCGAUAUUUUGGAGAUUUCGAUAACACGCGACUUUAUCCAACAAGUGGUGCGUAUCAUUUGAGUGAUGUGAAUAUGUGGCAUGGUGUGGGCAGGGAUGUAAGUGGUAUUCCGAAUACGAGAGACGAGGAAAGGUUGAGUAAGGUGAUGAUGAGAAGUUUAAUUACUUUCGCGAAGGAUCCUGUGGGUGGACUUGAAAAUUUGGGGUGGAGGAAGUAUGAGGGUGUGGGAACUGCAACAACUCUGAAUGUUCUCGGGCAGCACAAUAGUCACGAUGUAGAUCACGUGAUCUCAAGAGAAUAUGAUGCUCAAGCACAAUUCGGAUAUUAA